CGCCACAUGAUUCACUGUUUGAAGGAGCAGGCUAUUUGCAUUAACGAGCAGGUGUUCCCAGAGCCGUAGAAAGAGCCUUUCUUGGGUUCUGAUGUACCUAAUAAGGCGGCCACUUGUUCUUGUUUAGCCUCAAGAUAGAGAAGUUUUUUUGCAAGUAUCGCCAGAUUUGGUCUCCACGGGUGACGAUAAACAUCUUUCAUGGAGAAAGCAGAGCGACAAAAGACCAAGCUGAUCACAAACCAGCCCUACGACGAAAGCUUGGAAGUGAACGAUUCAGAAGAGGUCGCCAGUGUGUACACUCCGACUCCACGAGAGACUGUUUCGCGAAAGUCGAGAAGGCAGCUGCGGACCAUGGCUAAUAACAGCAGUGAUGAAUACGAGGAAGACAGCAAGAAAAAAGAAACCCAGCCAGCUGGGCAACAGGGCAUAAGUGAGAACGAGGAAGAGGAAGAUGACGACGAUGAUGACGACGAUUCUGAUGAAACAGAGUCUGAUGAAGAUAAAGGAGAGCCAGGAUCUGCGCUAGAAGGAGCAUACGACCCUGCAGACUACGACCACCUUCCUGUGACUGCAGAGAUCAAAGAAUUGUUUCAGUACAUCACACGAUACACACCUCAGACUAUUGAGCUAGACCACAAGCUGAAGCCAUUCAUCCCCGACUUCAUCCCUGCAGUUGGUGACAUUGACGCUUUCCUCAAGGUUCCUCGGCCGGAUGGUAAACCGGACAAUCUGGGACUCCUGGCUCUGGAUGAGCCCUGCACCAAGCAAUCGGACCCCACGGUGCUCUCCCUCUGGCUCUCAGAGAACAGCAAGCAGCACAACGUCUCGGAGGUGAAGGUGAAAAGCCUGGAAAACCCAGAGAAGAAUCCCAAGGCGAUUGAGAACUGGAUCGAGAGCAUCAGCGAGCUGCACCGUUCCAAACCCCCUGCCACCGUACACUACACCAGGCCCAUGCCAGACAUCGACACUCUAAUGCAGGAAUGGCCUCCUGAGUUUGAGGAACUGUUGGGGAAAGUGAGCUUACCCACUGCAGACAUUAACUGUGACUUGGGAGAGUACAUCGAUAUCAUCUGCGGUAUCUUGGACAUCCCCAUCUAUAAGAGUCAAAUUCAUUCCCUCCAUGUGCUGUUCACACUUUAUUCUGAAUUCAAAAACUCUCAGCACUUCAAAGCCUUGGCAGAGGGCCAGAAGUCUGACACACUGUCUGUACCACAGUCAGGUACAGGCGACCCAGAAACACUUACCUUCGACUGAAGUUGGUCCCUCUGCCCCGGCCUUCUCAACUCUCACACAGCUAGCACAACUGUGUGUCCCGUCGCCCCCUGCAACCCACAGAGCAUACACGGUUCAUGUAUGUUACUUUGCUGUGCUGAAAACUAGAUUGCAGUCCUGACACUGGGCUGAAUAUGACCAAAUGUUAUCUCCUUUUAGCUUAAAGCUGUGCGGCAUCAAUUGGGCCUAUAGAAAACCACUCCUGGCCUGGAAUUCUCUCUGGCAACCACAAGAGGGCCCCACUCCCCAUAGUUUUAGCAUAGCACUGAUAUGAGGGAGCAUCAGAGAAUUUACUGCACAAGUGACAAAUAGAGAAGAGUUACCAGUAUUCUUGUCGGUUUUUUGGACAUCCUGAAGAAGGUUUAUUUAUAUUAGCAAUCACAAAUAUAAAUACUGAGAUUAUAUUGCAUCAUUCUGAUUAGGUUGAUUCAUUAAUGCUAUUAUUUAAACCUUCUGCUUACAGUUUGUUAGAUUGUUGGGACUUUUGGUGUCAUUUAAAUUGUUUGCUGUAUAUAUUGAAGAGUUUGUAUUGUACUCAGAUGCCUGUGUUUUUUUCCUGAGAUGGCUGUUAUCCUUUCCAUAAUUAAAUGUUUUUUUAUAUAAUGGAG